UGCUUUGGAGGGACGACAUUUUCAUUUUUGUAAACAGGAUUUAUCUUUCACUCGUGUCAGUGACUGGAACAAACGCGCUUUCAUUUCUGAUCUGUAGUUUUUCUUGUGGUUUCUCAAACAACAGUUUCAUUGGUGGCUUCAUCAGUUGCUGUGAGGAAGUGUUCACACACUACUCUUUCACUUAGUUUCAGACAGGAGUGUGUGUUCGGCAGCUGGAUUCCAGGAUGCUGCAUCCAAAGACAGAUGGAGUGUCCUUCAGCACCUUCACUGUUUUGCUGUACCUCAUUUUCUUCAUACCGUGUGUUGGAGUGGAGUUUAAGCUUGUUUCCUCCGAUCAGCCAAUCGUAGCCCUGGCUGGUGAUGAUGUCAUUCUUCCAUGCCGUCUUAGGCCACCAAUCGGUGCCAGUUAUAUGACAGUCAUGUGGACCAAACCUGGCUUGAUUCCAGAGUACGUCCAUUUUCAUCAAGAUGGACGUCUGCUGUCAGAGACACAAAAUCCAUCGUAUUUUUUACGCACUGGACUAUUUAUUGAUGAACUGCCGCGUGGAAACGUCUCCAUUAAAAUCUGCAGAGUCAAAAUCUCUGAUGCAGGAAGAUACAUUUGUAAACUUCCAUCAAUGAGGAAGGAGGCUCCUGUCCAACUAAUUGUUGGUGCUGUCUCCACUCCCUUCAUAGAGGUUGUGUCUGAUAAGAAAGGACAUGUGGUUCUGCAGUGUAACUCUACCGGCUGGUAUCCAGAACCUGAGGUGUUCUGGCUGGACGGUGAGGGAAACCUCCUCUCUGCUGGACCUACAGAGACAGCCAGAGGUCCUGAUGACCUCUAUACUGUCAGCAGCAGAGUGACUGUGGAGAAGAGACACAGCAACAGCUUCACCUGUAGAGUCCAACAGAACCACACCAACCAGACCAGAGAGACACACAUACAUGUUCCAGCUGAUUUCAUCACAGUUCAGUCCUCUUCUCCUCGGCUUUGGAUCGUUUUAAUUGUCAGCACUCUUUGCAUCAUCGUCAUUAUCAUACUGACCAUGAAAUGUUUCUUCUUCUGUUGGCGCACUGAUAUUGUGAAGAGGUGGAGGAGGAGGAGGAGGAGGAGGAGGAGGAGGAGCAGAGAAGAAACAGAACUUGAACCUCAGUCAAAGCAGGAGGAUCAAAAUGAUUCAGUGAAGAACGAGAGAGAAGCAGGAAGGGAGCAGGAAGAGAGCGAGAAAGAUGGUGAGAGUGAAGAACAGCAACAACAAUCAUGAGUCGACCUGCGAGCAGGAAUAAAAGGACCUGAGUCGCCCGACAUGUCGCACUCGGAAAAUUCAAUUUAGGUUUUUCUUUGUGUGUUUUCUGUGGUAAUCAUUGUUAAUGUUGCCAAGAUAUGCAGCACUUCCUGUUUUGACUGCUAGCUUCAUCAAACUGUCUCUGCAUAACAUAUACAUUGUGGAUUAUCAGGACACAUAAUACCAUAAUUGAUAAUAACCAAAACAUUUAUAAUGACACAAGUUUCAUGAAAGUUUUCUUUAGAAAGUUGUUACAGUGAAGGCUGCAGUGCCACUUACUUAUACACGUAAGAAGAAAUAAAUAUAAUGAUAAUGACAGAACAUAAUACAAAAUAUAAUAUGAUAAAAAUCCGUCAUCAUGCUGAACCUCGGUGGAUUUACCACCUCAGUGCUGUUAUGUUGGUGAACAGUUUAAUAUAAACUGUGAAGAGGGAAGCAGAGAAAAACACUUCAGUCUGACAAAACUGUUAUUUAUCCUUCAAGUGCUGCUGGAGAUUUCUUGAUCUCCUUAAACACAGACAUUUAUGUUUUCAUAUCAUCAUUUCCUUCUCCAUGCACAUUUGGAAGUUGUGCCAGAAACUCUUCUCUGCUUCAGAAGGCACAACUACCAGGAGGAGGGAGUGAGAAGAGUAAAAUAAGAUUAAUUUCAUCACCAAGUUCAAAGUUUUACUGCAUGUUAUUAUGUAUGUACUGUAAAUGUGAGAAUCUUUAUUUUGUUUAGAUAUAUUUGUUAACCUUGUGGUUUGUGUUGAACUGUAUCUCCUGUCAUCCUGUAACAAAUCACUGCAGUCUGAUUCUCUGCACGUGCAGAUUAAAUUGAUCUUGAUAUUGUUUCUGGAUGAUCAGAUUCUUCCAUCCUAUGUUUUUACUUUCAUACUUUAUAUUUCGACUUUGUUGCAGCUUUUGAUGAAUAACUGCAAUAAAAAAAAGCUUCCUGAGGA